AUGUACCGAACACGUGUUGAAAUUUAUAACGGCCGCUUGCAGGUGUUGGGUAAGGUGCCCACCAUCUCCAUAGACAAGACGGACGGUUGCCAGAUCUACUUGUCGCCCGAGUCGCUCGACGUCGAGAUCGUCAGUUCCAAGUCUUCCGAGAUGAAUGUGCUCGUGCCGAAGAGCAACGGCGAUUACUCCGAGUACCCGAUUCCGGAGCAGUUUAAGACGGUGCUGAACAAGCCGCCCACCGGCCUCACCACGUCACCGGUGGAGAACAAGGGC